AACGGAGGCGGGUGGGCGGAAAGUUCCAGAAGCGGCGACGAAAGAUCCGUGUCGGUGUUAGCCAGUUAGCUUCAGAGGAGAGGGCGCAGUAUAGACAGUCUGUGUCCAAAAGGCACGUUUUAGUUUUAUCGUUGGGAUUAAAAAGCAGCAAAUUCAAGAAUAAACCGAGAACGGAAUUGUUGGGGUUCCAGGUUUCCCUUUAAAUCACAAGGAAAAUUAGCAAAAGCCAGCCCCAUUGAUCAGAGAUCAGGUUGGCAACUGGGAAAAUGGACGAGAGUGUGACAGUGAUCAGUAACCCGACGGUGUCUGUGCGUUUGACCAGCACCCUCAGCUCCUUCGAAGUGAACCGGAGAUUCAACAGAGGGAUCACAAUCGCAGAGUUUAAGAGCAAGCUGGAGCUCGUGAUUGGCUGCCCUGCUGCCUCCAUGGACCUUCAGUUGUUCAGCACCUCAGACAAGUUCUUGCAAAAUCUUGAUGAUAAUGAAGCUCUGUUGGGUUCCUACCCUGUAGAUGAUGACUGCAGAAUACACGUGAUUGACCGCAGCGGUACUUUAACUGGAGCAUUCAGUGAUUUAUCCAAGGUGGAGAAAUAUGAGAUUUCUGAAGAAGCAUAUGAGAAGAGAGCAGACUCGCUGCGGACUUUCAAAAAGAACAUGAAGGUGGGACGCUUUAACGAGGAGAACAUGGCCAAGCAUGAGGAGGCACAAGCGCAGAAAGAGGAAGAGGAGAAAGCUGCAUUGGCCUCUAUCACUGUCGGAAAGCGCUGUCAGGUUCAAGUCGCCGGACAGCCCACUAAGAUCGGCACAGUUAUGUUCGUGGGUACGACAGAUUUCAAACCAGGCUACUGGGUGGGUGUGAAAUAUGAUGAGCCUCUUGGGAAAAACGAUGGCAGUGUGAAUGGGAAGCAGUACUUUGAGUGUGCGCCAAAGUACGGUGCAUUUGUGAAGCCUCUGUCCGUGACUGUGGGAGACUUUCCGGAGGAAGACUAUGGCCUGGAUGAGAUGUAGACUUCAUUUUCUGAAGGGCUGUCAGGCUGAAAAAAACCCAAAACGCCGCCUGUAAGGAUGAACUCUGACUCUGGGCAGUGUAGUAUCAGCCUGCGACUGAACGUUUUUUCCUCUGUUAUCACAACUAAUCAUUGUUUAGUUUUCGGCCCGUCUGUAACAGGCCGAAAAAGUGGCCUUCACACAAUCAAGAAACCAUGCGUUAAGUUAAUUCUUUGCAAACUAAAACAGUGAUUUUUGAUGACUUCUGCGCUGAGGCCACUGGCGGAGAGCCGUUUAUUAGUUGAGGACAGGAGAAGGCGCUAAGUUAACCAACAGGCAAAUCAGCUGAGCCUGAAUUAGCAGAUCGAUUGUUCUUUGCGAAGCGUUUUGCCGCAUGUUGGUUGUGCAUUUUUUUAUUUCUGAAGUGUUUUGCUUAACAUAAGUGUUUUCUGACUCGUCAUCCUCAGCAGCUCCUUUUAAUAAAAAGGGGAAGUCCAGCGAUUUUUCAAAAUUUCUGCACAGUUUAGUCAUUGAGCUGUAAACAAAGUCAUUUAAAGUGGUAGAGAAAUGAACAGAUUCAGAUUUCUUUACAGUGGUGGUGACAGGAACCAGGGGUCACAAUGUCUACAACACAAAUAUAGCCGUUUUAUAUUUACUAUCCAAAAUGACAAAGGAACCUACACCUCUUCUGAGUUUUUAUAUGUGAUGGUGAUAGCAAAAUAGUGAUAAACCCCCUUAAUAAUAACCCCCUUGAUAACCCCCUUGAUAAACUUGCUCUGCAAGUACCUCUCCACUAUGAAUUGAUUUUUAAAAAUAUGUUUUAGGUCAAAAUCUGAUCAGUUAAACUGUGGUAAAACAAUGUCUCGAACAUCAGGCAGCGCACUUGUACCGUUUUGUUUAAUAACUGUUUUUGAGCUAUAUUUUAGAAGUCUUAAGACUCUUCAGACGGCUGGUUCCAUUCACCCCCCCCUGUGUCUCCGUAAGAAUGGUUUAUUUUACAUCAAACCAUUUUAAAUGACAAUGUAAUUAUGCAGAUUCUUUUGCAGAUUUUGUUUUCAAAUGUAUGUAUGUAUAAUAUGUAUAAACAUUUUUGGACAUUCUAACAGACUGUUUAGAAAAAAAGUCCUUGAUUUUCCAUGCUUGUAUUUUUGUCCCCUCAUCUAGAUGUUAAUAGUGCACUACCUUGUCUGUUUCUUUGUUUCACUUCUUGUGGUUUCAGAGCAAAUAAUCUGUGUUUGGCUCUUCAGAUGAAUCACAUAACAAGUCUCAGCCUUACAGUAAAUACAGACACAGGACAGUGAUUUGUUCCCCUACAGAAUAAAGAGGUUUUGCACAGCAGAUUCUGAAUGGAGACUUGAGGAGGUAGCUGCUCUGUAAGUUUACAAGUUGCACUAAUGCAUGAACCUGCCUUAAUUUCAGCACCGAAUAAAGAGGUAAUGUUUUCGGUUGGCCAGCAGGCAGUCCACCAUUCCCUGUUUCACUGCAUAGUUUCAGCACCAAAAGUGAAAACAGCUUUCUGACCAAUGUCCAGCUUCCACUGGGUCACUAUUCACCAGUUAGGAUACAUAAAAUAAUGUGGAUUAAGUCACUUUUGCAAUCCUGAGUGGUUUUACUUUUUUUUUGUCUUGUGGAUUUCAACUCAAGGUAGUUAGUGAGCCACAAUGUAAAGACAAGCCAAACACACAGCGGCAGUGCUGAAAUAAAACUGAAUGUUUUGUACGUGUUGGAACUUGAAUGUUUGUGGUGAAACCUCGAAGUUUAGUAGUUUUGAAUUGAGCUUUUAAUGUACCUGUGCAGUGUCAGCCAUGCAGAUACAUUGAAGUCUUCUGUAAAGCACCAUAAGCGAAUCUCCUGAAAUCUAUAUUUGCAUCAUUUAAAAGCUUUCCAUUUUGGGCUUGUCGUUUUUUAUUUGCAUUUUUAUUUAAAACAUGUCUGAGCUCGACACUGUCUGAUUCACUCUCAGUGGUUCCAGUAGACUAAAUUUGUUUAAACACCGAAAAAUCUGCUGUCUCAGCGUUUUGUAUGCCAGAAUGUGAUCAUGGCUUCUGCUAGAAUAAACAACCAACAUGAAAAGCUUGCAAAUACUUGUGGUGACUGUGAUGAACUUGUUCAGUAGGCAGAGGGAUUCAUAAACUGUCAUAAUUAUUCAAUUAAAAAAACCUGAUUAUGAUUGAC